AUGGUGGCUUUUGCAAAUAAGAACUGGUUUGAUCCGUACUCACACGGUUCAGACUUUACCUUGGGUGACAUGGCAUUCAUAUCAGUCAUGAUCACAUCCGCAUUCCAUCUUUUCGAACUCAUUUUCGAUCAGUCUAUCAAGCCUUUGAUGGUCCUCCAUCAUCUCGGGUCGAUCUUCAUCAUUCAGGGCUUCUUACCGGUGGCCAUAGGUCUCCCAAAAACAAAAUACUUGGAAUUAAAUGGUGCUCUUGGAAUGAUGAACGUUGCUUUAUACUGGGCCCUGUUAGAUGCACCCUUGGUUGUGCUUGCUUACAUCGCUUCCGUCCUCCGUUCAACCUUCAUCCAAGGGCGCACAAACAUACGAAAACUGUUCUACGUCUGUUUCAACGCUGCUGCACUGUUUACGUUUAUCGAAAUUCUGGCCAUUGUCUACUUGAGUUUGCAGAACUGGCAGCAGUUGUCCGUGCUCCAGCGAACAAUAAUUUGCUCCCUUCAGAUUUUAUUCACAUCCGCUAAAGCGCGAGUCUGCAAAUCUUUUUAUUUGUCAUACGUCAGACAGAUGGAUCAACUGAACAACCAGGGUUCAAGACAUAUUGAGGUCACCAAGCCCGAAUAA